AGUGUAAAGUAGAGCAGACGGAGGAGGUAGUGGAUCCAGGCUGGAAAUCAUGUUCCUGUCCACCGACAGCUAGCUGGGGUCAAUGGGGUAUUGAAUGCGCGACUCGUAGAACUCGUAGAACAUAAGAAGAAAACGCCGUGCACUGACUAGCCAAAGUAGAGCUUAGCUGCACUUUCUCUCUCCCUCUCUCUCUCUUCUCUCUCUCUCUCGCUGUCUCUCUGUCUGUGCUGCUGCCCAGUUGCUGCUGAGCUGCAGUUCUGUUCUGAGACCCCAAGGAGAGGAGCUCUCGAUCUCCUUCUCUUGCUCGCCUCGGAUCUGCCGCUGUUCUAGAGGUGGUGGCGGGGAGCGGGCGGAGGCAUCGUCAGAGGUGGAAGGCCGGCUGGCUGGUUGGCAAGCGAAAUUAUAGAAAGAGCGAAGAGGGAGGAGAUUGAGCGGAGGACAGCGAGAGAGACGGGAGAGGGAGGGAGGCAGGGAGAGGGUGGGAAGAUUGAGAGAGAAGGAGAGAGGGAGAGAGGGAGAGAGGGAGAGGGAGAAGACAGACAGAGUGAGGUAAAGAGGAAGGUAGCAUAGAGUGGAGAGAAAUAGAUUGGUGUUAUUAUCAUACGGAGAGGAAAGCGAGGAGUGGAUCAGGGGAGGGAAAAAGAUAGGGAGAUCGAUGAAGAGCAAGAAUUCCAACAGCCUCCCGGCUGAUAUGUACUUGUUCGACUCGCCCAAGACGCUCCAGAAUCCCCUGCUGCAGCACAGAGAAAACGCAUCGCACCUGCAUCCUUCCACUCCGGGCAAAGCCAAGAUGGAGAGGAACAACCACUUCGGAGAUGUGCAAAGUCGAUCCUAUAACUUCUUUUUCGUGCUUUGCGUGUCGCUCUUCAUUCUCAUGGCCGGUGCCUACAUGCUCCGAGGCGAGAACAGUUCGGUGGAGAAGAAAUUCAGAGAUGUUAGAGAGACGGAGAAUGCAAUUCCUGAGAUGUGGAGGAGCCAGGCCUGGCAGAAAAGUGUCCGCCAGUCGUGCCACGUGAAGCGAGACGAUGGGUUCGUCGUUCUCGUCACGGGCGCCGCGGGCUUCGUGGGCUCGCAUGUCGCCAAGGCUCUGAAGAAACGAGGAGAUGGAGUCGUAGGCCUAGACAAUUUUAACAAUUACUACGAUCCGUCGCUGAAGCGGGCCCGGCAGUCGCUUCUUGACAAGGCCGGAGUGUUUGUGAUAGAAGGGGACAUCAACGAUGCCAUCCUCCUCAAGGAGCUCUUCGACAUGAUCCCAUUCACGCACGUCAUGCACUUGGCAGCUCAAGCUGGCGUGCGCUACGCGCUGGAGAAUCCGGGCUCGUAUGUACAUAGCAACAUCGCAGGGCUGGUCACGCUUCUGGAGCAAUGCCGCAAAGCUAACCCUCAGCCGGCCUUCGUCUGGGCCUCGUCGAGCUCAGUCUACGGAUUGAACACCAAAGUGCCCUUCGCAGAGAGCGAUCGGACCGACCAGCCGGCGAGUCUGUACGCUGCGACGAAGAAGGCGGGCGAGGAGUUCGUGCACACUUACAACCACAUCUACGGCCUCUCGAUCACAGGCCUGCGGUUUUUCACAGUGUAUGGACCAUACGGCCGCCCCGACAUGGCCUACUUCUCAUUCACUCAGAACAUCCUCGCCGGUAAGCCCAUCACCAUCUACCAGGGCGCAGGCAAGGCCGAUUUAGCUCGUGAUUUCACCUUCAUUGAUGACAUCGUCAAAGGAUGUGUCGCAUCCCUGGACACGGCGGAGAAGAGCACCGGCACCGGCGGCAAGAAGCGAGGUCCGGCCCAGCUGAGAACCUUCAACUUGGGCAACACGUCUCCCGUCACGGUGCCCACUCUGGUCAGCAUCCUGGAGAAGCAUCUGAAAGUGAAGGCCAAGAAAAAUUUUGUCAAGAUGCCGCGCAACGGAGACGUGCCUUUCACCCACGCCAAUGUCACGCUUGCGAGGAACGAGCUGGGGUACAACCCUACCACGGACCUGACAUCCGGAUUGAAAAAAUUCGUCAAAUGGUACCAAACCUACUACGAGGUGGCCACUUCUUAGGCUUGAGCCUCGAGAUGUAACUUUCACCGAUUCCAGGCAACGAUCUGAGCCCAGAACGCUGCUAUCAAUGUGCAUACGGGCCUGGAUGUGCAGAAAGUGAAUUCUUUUCAUUCAUUUAGCUGUAGUGCCUCGGGGGCUGCGCCCCACUCUCAAGCUGACUACAUGAGAUAGGACAUGUGACAGAGCAUGUGAAUUUUGUGCCGAAAGCGCUGGCAAGGUUCCUAAUCUGCGGGUUUCCCCACUGCAAUUUGUGUGUGGAAGUUUUGAAGAGUGGUAGGAAAAAGUGCGAACCCCUAGCAUUACUGUAUUGAGGAAAAUAAGUGUGGAUUAGAACAUGGUCUUAGGGCUCAUAGAGCUACGGAUUUGUAGGGAAGGAAUGAUAGUCGCUUCUCUUGUACAUUAUCUGCAUCAAAGGACGAGUAGGAUUGGAACCUAUUUUCGACUCUGAAUUAUGACUGAGGAUGACCUCAAGUAAAUUAUACGCACUUUUUCUCUGCGAUUUCUAAACUCUUGCAAUUCUUGUUUGGCUAUCCUAGAUCACUUAGCUUGAAUUUCCUAGUCCGCUCGACUUCCAUUUUGGGCGCUUUGGCCUGCAGUCAGAGGGAGAAAUGUCUGUUUACUGUUUCUCACUACGUCUGAAUUCUGGGAAAUCUCUUCCUUUCGUACUGUAGUUUGAUUGUAGCAUGGUCGUUAGGGCGGUGAACCUCGCGUACACAAUUUAGCCUGCUGCCGAGAUAUCUGAGCGUCUUAGUUACCCAAUUGUUGGUUCCUCUUCUUGAGUUUCUGUUGGGAAGCACUCGAAUCACACGGAUGGUAUGUUAAGUUCGUUCCGGGACCUUUAUAUCAUGUUCAAAGUCGUGUAGGUUGUCGACUCCUGCCUUUGUGCCGUUUAUGAGCUUCAUGAAGGAAGUAGAAGUUUGGUGUCUGCUCGAUGCAUGGAGUCAGUUCACAUCUUCAGUCGCCAUUGACUUUUCGUGAGUGACUACGUACAAUCGGCGAGUGUCCCAUAAACUCUGUACGAGCUCACAUGGAGCUGGUAGUUAACAUCUGUGUCUCUUCACUUGUAUUCAGGAGAGUGGCGCUCGUGGCCCAAUUUCGCCUCACCUACCUACAACCGCGUUCGCCCUGUGCAUGAUGAAUCUGAGGAUGCACGCGUUGCAGGAUGAAUCUGAGUUUCAACACUUUGAAAACUGGAACCCCAGACCUGUUGAAACGGACACAAUCUGGCUUGUU